ACUCGUACAAACUGGAUCGACUUCUCUAGCCUCCACCUCAAAACUUUCAAGCGGACGCAUAAAAGACACGCAAUGGCGAAGUCAGAAAGGAAAGUCGGUAUUCCCGUCGAUGGAAGUGAACACAGUGAGAAGGCUUGUGACUGGUAUUUAAAAAACAUGCAUCACGCAGAGGACACAGUGUUCAUCAUUCAUGUUAGUGAGCUGACUCAUUCUGGUUCAAUUGAAACCAUCACCAAAGAAGAUUGGGAAGCACAUGUCAAAGAUCACACAGAGAAAGUGAAGGAGGUCGAAGAGAAAUACAAGAAAAAGUUGGGUGAUGCAGGGGUGUCAUUUGAGGUAAAGCUAUGUGGUGGUAAACCUGGGGAGGCCAUUUGUCAGGUCAUCAAGGAAUGUGAAGUUGACCUUGUGGUCAUGGGAAGCCGUGGAAUGGGUGCAAUAAGACGCACUUUUGUUGGGAGUGUUAGUGAUUAUGUUCUUCAUCAUUCACACAUUCCUACCAUAAUUUGCCCAAAGCAUUGAUUUUCUGUAUUGCAGAUAGUUGCCUGGCAGUGGUUCUAAUAUUUUAUAACUGCUGAGGUGAUCAAAGUGAUUUGUUUAUCGGUGGCACUCUGAGCCCAAAAACAGUCAUGUAACAUUGUGUAGAAAAGGCUUCGAUUCUCUAAUAAACGUAUCAAAUUUUAAUUUA